ACCAAGAAUAUUUAUAUAUAUAUACGUAGACCGGAAGUGGGUCAUUUAAAUAUGGAAAUUUUGUGAUAUGGUUCAUAUGCUGUGAUUCAUGCUUGAUAUACUUUCAGACCGAAUCCUGCUCCGUCAAACCAUAUCCAAAAUGUCUAAGUACACCAUUGUAAUGAUCAGGCACGGAGAGAGCGAGUGGAACAUGGAGAACCGGUUCUGUGGUUGGUUUGAUGCUAACCUGAGUGAGCAGGGUAAGAAGGAGGCGGUAUCAGGAGGUAAAGCUCUCAAGGAGGCAGGAUUCUCAUUUGAUGUAGCGCACACCUCCCUACUUACCAGGGCCCAGGUCACCCUGCAAACUGUUCUCGAGGAGAUCGGCCAACCUGAUCUCAAGGUUGAGAAAACAUGGAGGCUUAACGAGAGACACUACGGUGGAUUGACAGGUCUGAACAAGGCCGAGACUGCUGCUAAACACGGAGAAGAGCAGGUUAAGAUCUGGAGAAGAAGUUUUGAUGUUCCUCCUCCCCCCAUGGAACCUGGACAUGCUUUCUACGAAGCCAUCAGGAACGAUCCAAGAUACAAGGAUGGACCAACUGAUGAGGAGUUCCCAACCUGUGAGUCUCUCAAACUCACCAUACAGAGAACUCUGCCCUACUGGAACGAUGUAAUUGUUCCUGAGAUGAAAGCUGGGAAGAAAAUCCUGAUUGCUGCGCACGGGAACUCUCUCCGGGGUAUCGUGAAGCACCUGGACCAGAUGUCUGAUGAGGACAUCAUGGGAUGCAAUCUUCCCACCGGGAUACCAUUCGUUUACGAACUGGACGAGAACUUCAAG